AUGAAGACCACCAUCGCCAUGCUCACCGCCUCAAUGGCCACCGCCAUCCUCGCCCAUCCCUUCGACACUCGCUCCCAGCAGUGCAACAUCGCCCCCUCCGCCUCUCCCUCCACCAAAAUCCAGCCCCUUUCCUCUCCAACUGCCUCCACCGCCCAGGCCUGCCAGAAGCUCUGCACCGCUCACGCCUCCUGCAAGAGCUUCCUCUUCGGCCUCCCCACUGACGCCAAGGCUCCCACCUGCAAGCUCUACUCUGUCCCUGCGGCCCAGGUCCCUAACCAGGGAAAUAACCUGUAUGUCUUUGACAAGGCUUGCUCUGAGAAGGCUGUGCCCAACACCAAGCCUACGGAGGAUAAGCCACGUGGUGAGGUGAAGGUUAGGGUUGAGAGGGAUGACAAGCCUCAUGGCAAGCCUCCUGUCGAGGAUCAGGACCACGCUGGUGAUAAGCCACCCAAGAACAAGGCUCCCGUCAACCCUCCUAACAACAAGAGGGACAACAAGCCUAAGGGCAAGCCUCCUGUCGAUGGCAAGCCCCCUGCAGGUGAUAAGGGCAAGGGCAAGGCUCCCGUGAACCCUCCCAACAACAAGCGCGGCAUUAAACCCGAAGACAAGCCCCAUGGUGAUUACAAGCCCAAGGCUCCCCUGCCCCCCAAGGACAAGAACUCUGGCAAGCACAACUAA